GAGAGUGCACGGAGCCCGCAAGCGGACUACGCCUGCGACACAGCCCCAGAGCGGGAGCCAGUGCCAGUGCCCCGACCUUCCUUUCUCUCGACGUCGCAGGGGUCUCUUACCUGCCUCCCAGGUGCCAGGCGCCUGGCAAGUCCCGGGCGCGCCGUGGCGACCACCUCCGAGGUGAAGAUGGACUAUGUUCUCAGUGGCUCAGAUUAUUAUUUUUUUACACCAUAUGUAUAUCCAUCCACAUGGCCAGAGGAUGACAUAUUUCGACAAACUAUUAGUCUCCUGAUUGUGACAAACCUUGGUGCUUUUGUCCUUUAUUUCUUCUGUGCAACACUGAGCUAUUAUUUUAUCUAUGACCAUUCAUUAAUGAAACAUCCACAAUUUUUAGAGAAUCAAGUCUAUCGAGAGAUUAAAUUCACCAUCCAGUCAAUGCCAUGGAUCAGUAUUCCCACCGUUGCAUUAUUCCUGCUAGAGGUGAGAGGUUACAGCAAAUUAUAUGAAGAAAUAGAGUUUCCUCAUGGCUGGUUGCAACUCAUUGUUAGUAUAAUAUCCUUCCUCUUUUUCACCGACAUGCUGAUCUAUUGGAUUCACAGAGGCCUUCAUCAUAAACUUGUAUACAAGCGCAUACAUAAACCUCAUCAUAUGUGGAAGAUUACUACUCCAUUUGCAAGUCAUGCUUUUCACCCUCUGGAUGGCUUUCUUCAGAGUCUACCUUACCAUAUAUACCCUUUUGUUUUUCCAUUACACAAGUUAGUUUACUUAGGUUUGUAUAUUUUUGUUAAUGUCUGGACAAUUUCCAUUCAUGAUGGUGACUUUCGUGUCCCUCGGAUCUUCAGGCCAUUUAUUAAUGGCUCAGCUCAUCAUACAGACCACCACCUGUUCUUUGACUAUAACUAUGGACAGUACUUUACAUUGUGGGACAGAAUUGGAGGUUCAUUCAAAAAUCCUUCCUCCUUUGAGGGGAAGGGACCACAUAGUUAUGUGAAAAAUAUGACAGAACAGAAGUGCAGUAGCCCUUCAGAAAACGGUUAUAAAAAAGAAAAAUUAGGCAAUGGAGAGCUUACAAAGAUAGAGUAGAUUAUUGCCCAAAUCUUAACUAUUUUUAAUAAGAAGAAAUAAUUGAUACCCAGUGAAGAUACAUGGCAAUAAAUGGUAUCAUUUGAAAAUAAGCAUUGUGCACACUGCUAAGCAACAGCCAUUAUGGUAGAUCAAAGGAAGAUGCUAUGAACACCAAGAUUCUAAUACCAUGUUUCAAAUAUUGAGUGUUGGUUGGUCCAAGGACAAUUUGUAUCUUUCCAACCAGCAGAUCUAUAGUUUUUAUAGCCUCAGCAACAGUUUUAAAUAAGAAAGAAUGAACUACUGAAGGGACCUGGCUAUAUAUCCUUUUGCCUUAAUCCACCCAUGUUCAGUAAGAAAAAUUCAUUGCAUUCAGUAAUACCAAGACUAAGUACCAUAACCAAGAAAUACUAAAGUUGGUUCUAUGUUUGAGGAAUGGUUAAUUCUUCAGUAUUGGUAUGAUAAUGACUACUUCUAGGAUUUUGCUCAAGUAGAAAUAUCAGUGUGGAAAAAAAUCUGUUACAUUAGUGUUUAUACCAAUGACAAUAGCAGGUAGAGGAUUAUCAUUUUCCUAUAUAUAAAAGCCCCAUUUUCUGGGGAUAUCGUCAAACCAUCCAUUUUACUGAUAAGUAAAUUGGAAUUUUAAAAUAUAACAGUUCUUCCAUGAUUUAAUUCAGAUAUGAGAUUAUUUAACUGAAGAUAUUUAUGGUUACCAUUUAAAACCAUUAUUCAAUAAGCAUAAAAGUUAGGAAAUAGUAUGUUAGGGAAAUUUGAUGCUCAAUAUAUUUGGCACUGCUGAUUUUUUAAUAGAUGCACUGCACUUUUGAUAUUUUUCAAAGUUACAGACCUGUCAUAAAAGGAAAUAAUUCAGGCUGGGAAUGUAGCUCAGUGGCACUGCACCUGCCUGGCAAGCACAAGGCUGAGUUUGAUUCCUGGUACCAAAAAAUUAAAAAAAAUUUAAAAAGGAAAUAAUUGCCAAAUAUUUAAGUCUAUCUGAAGAUUUGUGUACAAGUCUCAUUCUCCUAUUUCUCAUAACUUUCCCAUACCACCUCUUCAAAAAGAUUUGACAAACACUUUCAUAAAAAAAUGUGUGUUGUAACAUAAAUGUAUUGGGAAAACAUAAUUUUAAAGAUACACUAUUGCUAUUUAUGUAAAAUCAGUAAAAUGUCAUACUGUUUUAAACUGUAUCAGUUAAAUAUUAUAAUAGUACAAAAUAUUCUUUGUACAAAUUGAUGUAAAUCUGAAACCAGAAUGAUAUGGAUUGUUAAAACUGCUUUAGAACCUUCUCAGAUGCUCACCGUCAAGCAGAGGAAGAAAGGAGGUGAUUGUUACAUUCUUUUUAUGUCUCACAUCUUUAUCACAUUUAUGGUUAGGUUCCACAUUGACCUUAUGGGGAAAUUUGAUCUGGUUCUCAUCUAGUUUGGUUUGUAACCAGAAUUGUGGAGAGAAUUAAGUUUGUGAACCAAGGUACCACUGUAUUUUAGUAGGAGACUAUUCAUAAAAUGUAAUACCUGGGAUCUAGGAGAAAAUGUUUUUUAAUUGUUAAAAUGUUGAGUUCAGUGUUCCAGUUAGUUUUUUUAAAAGGUAAGUGAAGCUGAGUACUUUUCUCUAGUCCCACACAGCCCAGUGCUCCACUUUGCCCAAUAAAAAGAAGGAAAUUAAAGGGAAGUAAAUUUGUGUCUUAAUAAUAGUGACAUCUAAUAUGUAUUGAGCUGUCCUUCUUCACCAGGCAUUGCUAUGACUCUUUGAUAUGAAGAAAUUAAGAUUCAAAGAAGUUAAGUAGCUAUUGCAGGGUUUAUUUCUCACAGAAACUCAUGCAGCUGUUUCUGGUCAGUGCACAGCUUUCCACAUGGUUAUUCUGCCACCCAAGCUCCAUCUUGAAGCUCUCCCUUUAUAUUAGCCCAGAAUCCACUUUGUUGAAAGGGCAUAUGGGGAAAGAAGGAGACAUCUGUGCAUGAAGAGUUUCUCUGAGCCAGGCCUAGAAGUGGUGUAUAUGUCUUUUGUUUACUUUUGUUGGACAAAACUCAAUCACAGCACACUAGACUGGAAAAGAGUCAUUCCUAGCUGUGUCUGGCUAUAUGCUGGGAUGAAGGAGAAGCCAGUUUCUUGAAUAGAUAGCAAACUUUACCACAUCCAUGUGGUUUAUUACCCUCUCCAUGAUGGGAAUGGAGGAAAUAAAGAUGUCAGAAUGAUAAUUAAGCUCAAAAGUAUUUCAAAUUUUCCCUGCACUAGUUGUCUUAGUAUCUUUAAUUCCAUAACUCCAGUAUCAUUGUGAAAAUUAUAUCUAGGUUUUAUUCCUGCCUAAUACAGAGGAAAGCACAUAAUUUGUGAGGAGAAAGAAAAUUUCUAAAAAGUGUUAAGAAUUGUCGAAUUAAUCUGCCUUUUCACCCUUGUUAAGUUCUGGUCUUUUCAAGCUGAAUUGUGUUGCAUAAUUGUAAGUUUAUAUUUUAAUGCUUCAUUAUAUUCUAUUCUCUAUUAGAGGAAUUCAGAGAAUAUUCGAGAAGUGAGGACCUAAAUUCCCUCAUGUAAGAAUAGCAAUUGAAAAAGUUCCCCCCUUGGCUUUGAAACCUUUUAUAGUUACAGAACUGAAGGGGAAAAUUAAAGUUACAUUUUGUACUUUUCUGGCACAAAUUGGGAGGUAGAUGGAGAUGAUUGAGAGCACAUUUCAAAAACCUACAGACGUUUACUGUGUCUUCAUCUUCCUCCCUGUCUCUAAUACUGAAUGCUAUGAAUCUGUUCUUCCCCAUGUUUCUUUUUCCUCCUGUCUUCUAGAAGCCAGGGACAGAUUUGUGGGAGAAUUAUGGGUUCAAUUUUUAAUAUGUGCUGUUUAAAGUAAAGGCAGUUAUUUUAUAGAGGAAUGAUGUCUGGGAGAUAACUCAGCAGAGAUUUGGGAUUAAUUUAGGUAAAAAAAAAAAAUCAUUCAUUUGAAAUGCAGAGCAGAAAUAAAGUUAGCCAAAGAAACUAAACAACUUGGGUGCUGUGGUCUGAAUGGAGCCUUGAAAUCCAUAUAUUAAAACCAAAUAUGAUAGUGUUAGAGGUAGGACCAUUAGGAGUGAUCAACCCAUGCCCUCACAAAUGGGAUUAAAGGUAUAAGGGAGCUCUAUCCCUUGUUUUAACUCUUUCCAUCGUGUGAGGACCCAGCAUUUGUUCCUUCCAGAGGACGCAGCACCAAGGCACCAUUAUGGAAAGAGAUUGAGUCUGCCAGACAACAAACCCUCUGGCACCUUAAUCUUGGAUUUACUAGCCUCUAGAACUGUGGGCAGUAAAUUCCUAUUUGUAAGUGACCCAGUGGAAGGCAGCAAGAAAUGACUUAAGGGGAAAGAACUUUCUUUCCUUGUCUUUGUAAUUUAAUACUAAAAAUACUUGACUGACAGUAUUAUUUCAGCAGUUCCUACUUUUGAUAACAUUUUAUUGUUAUGUACAUUGUAUUUGUUGUAGACCUUGAAAGUAGAAAUCUUGUCUGAAUCGUCAUUGCAUUAAUCCAUGCAUUUUUACAAAAUGCCUGAGACAUAAUUGAGGCUCAAUAAAUACUUUCCUGAAUGUAUUAAAUGAAA